UGUGUGUGUGUGUAUGUGUGUGCUUACUAUGGAGUCUACUGUUUGACUCCCAGCUGAAAGGUUCUUGGCUCGAAUCCCCGAGGUCUGCACGGUCUCCCCGUGGGCAUCCUUGAGCACGAUGCCCUAAAAACACUACAUGCUCAUGAACGCUGGGGUCAGGGGGGGUCAUAAAUAUACUUUGAGACUGUACCUGUGAUAAGAUUAGAUACCUCUUUAUUAAUCCCCCGUAGGAAAAUGUAUUAUAAGGGCUAUACAAAUAAAAUUGAAUUGAAUUGAAUGACAUGUCUGAAGUCGCUUUAAAAGGUCCCAUGACACGCGUCCAUGACAUCACAAGGGGGCGUGUCCACCUAGAUGUAUGAUGGACAGAUGAGCACCGUUUGCUCUACCCAGGGUGCAUCUGGGUGGACACGCCCACCUGUGGUGCGACUCAUCCCACUCACACCUGGCGGCGUGGCAGGGACCUUUAAUGAACACAGGUGGAUCCAUCAGACUGGGGUCCAGUGAGGUGAUGAGGAGCUCUGUGUGCCCCAGGGGCCGACAGGGGGCGGGAUGAGCAGCCCCCGUGAGGGACCGCCCUGGAGGGCCCCCCACGCCGCGACCGCGGCCCCCCGUGGACGCUGCGCCAGCGACGGGGCCUCCAACACUAAGACCGUCAUCCGUCUGAGGGACAUCUACGACCCCCAGCCCCCCCCCGCCAAGGCCCCGGUCCGGAUACGGCCCCCGGGACCCCCGCCCCCCCGGGGCCCCGGCAUCCCCCCCCCCGCGGGCCCCCCCUGCUCCUCCCCCGUCUCCCCCCCGCCCAAACCCGCCAUGAGGAGGCGCUCCCGCUCCCUGUCGGCCCCUGCGGCGCGGGGGAGGGGCCGGGCCCCCCGGGGCCCCCACGUGCGCUUCAUGGACUCCAUGGGCCUGGAGCUGGAGGAGGUCCGGCUCUUCAGGUCCAGCGAGAACCCGCUCAUCCCCCCCCACGUCACCUGUCGGCUGCUGAUGGGCAGCGAGCUGGCCUCCGGGCGGGCCCCCGAGCUGGCCCUGCCCUACUUCAAGCCCUGCUUCUGCGACAACAUGGCCGCCGGGCCGGGGUUCGGGGCCCGGCUGCGCGGCAGGGGGGUCAGCCUGGGGGCCGUCGUCUGCUCCGACGCGGGCAUCACCGGCUCCGUGCACGUCCUGAACCUGGCCUUCGAGAAGGAGGUCACGCUGGCCUACUCCUUCACCAACUGGAGGAGCCACACGAACACAGGUGCAUUGUGGGUAUCCAGCGAGGUCCUCAAGGAUGGGCCUGAGGAGUCAGAGACAGAUGUGUUCCACUUCUGGCUUCCUGUCCCGCCCUUCAUUCUGCAACCCGGCGCCGUUUUGGAGUUUGCCGUUUGCUAUAAGGUGAACGGACGCUCUUACUGGGACAACAACGACGGGAUGAAUUAUAGACUGUCGUGCCACAGCUACAAGCUCACCGUUCCCAAAGAAUGUGAGGACAGCCUGCUGCACUUCAUCUGAUCGGCCACACGGUGGCACUGCUGGGUUACGUAUUCGACCUCAGAGAUGGUCGAAUUAGUGGGUGAAAGUGUUAUCCCUAACCCAAAAAAAUUAAUAAGAAAAAAGGAUCAGAAAAUUACACUAAUGUUUUGCAUACUGCACUGGGCAUCAUAUCGUCAUUGUCUGUUUUACAUAACGGCCUGUUAAUAGGUUAUAAAUCCUGAAAGAUUUUGCCCUGCUAGUUUCCAUGACAUGGUGUAAUCCCCGAAUUCUGGACUUCAGUUCAAAGCUGAAGCUUGAAAUUGUUGGGGUUGUUCCUGAUUUAUUUCGUCACCCUACGCAGAGAUCUCCUGUGUUCACCUCUACAGAAAUUGUUUCUAAAGGCCAUAGUCCGUCCACUCAUACCGCUAUCCAAUGAGACUUUUUAACAAACGUUUCCCUGUCACUGGGAGCAGCGAGCCUAGAGCCUUAUCCGGCGGUGGGCCAGGGCUUGGCUCGCCGUCGGGCAUUCUUCUCCGCUGAGCCGAGGCUUUAAGAAAGCACCGUGACAACAAUCCAACGGCUAAGGCCAGUUUCAUGAGCGCAGCUCUAUAUCACUAAGCACCUCCCGGGGGCUUCGGUGAACCCACAUCAGAACAGACACCCCGUAAAAAGGGGCCUUAAAAGGACCCGGAGAAGUGCCCCCCCCCCCCCCCCGAGAUAAUGGAGGUGCACGGAGACAAGAGCCCUCCAUAUAGGGGCGCAGGAAAAGUGAGGGUGGACAGGCCUGACAUUAAGGAAAGAAAGAUAAACUAAAUGGUUUAAAAAUCCAAAUGCAUGCUCCAGAAAAAUCACCAAAAGAGCCUUACCUGCUCUCUUAGGGCCUCCGAGGUUGUUUGAUCAAUACUUGAGAAUGUAUAUAUUUCCUACAUGCUUAAAUACAUGUUUAAGAUUUACUCUAGAUUUACUUUACUGAUUAUUACUUGAGGGCAUUGUUUUUUAGUUUGAUGUGAUACUUGUGGACAUUAUAGAAGACAGUAUUUAUCUCAUUCGGAAGAAUCCCAGUUUAUGGCCAUUAUUUGCGUAUUUCUUUCUAUUUUUUUUGUGAUUGUUCUCAUUAUCUAUUGCACCCUUGACUUGUUCUGCUGAUUUAAUGAUUAACCUGAUAUUUUUCUGUUGGUUCCCGUUUCUUAAACUGCUGCUCCUUUAAUCUCGCAUUCAGCAGCAUUGGCCGAUACGAAACAAUAAAAGGCAACUGUUCUCUCGGUC